AUGGAUUCCGUCGUUGCUACCGUCGUGGACACUCUCCAGAAGAGAGAAGAUGAAUGUGGUGAGAACGAGUACAGCGGCAUGUUGGGUGCCCGUAUCUCGUCGGUGUUCGUGGUGUUGGUUGCAUCCACCUUUGGUGCUGUGUUCCCAAUCUUGUCUUCCAGAUACUCUUUCAUCAGAAUGCCUGGCUGGUGUUUCUUCAUUGCCAAGUUCUUUGGUUCCGGUGUCAUUAUCGCUACUGCCUUCAUUCACUUGUUGGAGCCUGCUGCUGAUAACUUGGGCGAUGAAUGUUUGGGCCACGGCUGGACUAUCUAUCCUUAUGCAUACGGUAUCUGUCUUGUGACGCUUUUCAUCAUUUUCUUUGUUGAAAUGCUUGCUCUCAGAUACGUCGACAAGAAGCUUGACAACGGUGCUGGCGGUCACUCCCACUCUCACUUUGGCGACACCAACAACUACGUGAAGAACCACACUGAGUCUGACGAGGAGGUCAAGCUUAGCUCUGGCCAGGACUCUGAUACCGCAUACCCUAAGGCUGGACAAGAAGUCGACCCUACUGCUCCAGAGUCUGACACUGAAGACGCUUCUAACUUCUACAGUAAGUUGUUGGCUAUCUUUGUCUUGGAAUUCGGUAUCAUUUUCCACUCUGUUUUCGUUGGUUUGUCUCUUGCCACUGCUGACGACGAGUUCAAGACCUUGUACCCAGUCAUUGUGUUCCACCAGCUCUUCGAAGGUUUGGGUUUGGGUACCAGAAUCGCUGCUACUCCAUGGCCAAGAAACAAGAGAUGGACUCCAUGGUUGUUGGCUGCCGCUUACGGUUUGACCACUCCAAUUGCCAUUGCCAUUGGUCUUGGUGUCAGAAACACUUACUCUGAGGACUUCCGUACUGCCAAGAUUGUCAACGGUGUCUUUGACUCCAUCUCUGCUGGUAUUUUGCUUUACACUGGUCUUAUCGAGUUGAUGGCCCGUGAGUUCUUGUUCACCGACGAGUUCAAGGGUGACGAGGGCUUCAAGCGUAUGGUUGUUGCCUACGUUAUCAUGGCUGUUGGUGCUGGUUUGAUGGCCUUGUUGGGUAGAUGGGCUUAA